GGUAUGUACUCGGAUCUGCCGAAUGUUCAAGAAGACUGGAGUCUGCCCAGUGCGGGCACUGUGGUGGUGGUGCCGCCCACAUAUCGCGACACACCGGAGCGCACUGGAAGACGGGGCGCAGAAGCCUGAGCAUCAUGAGCCUGUAGUUUGUCCGGUGCUCGGCUAUACCACAAGGGCUGCGUGGACCCCCUCGGGCUCGUCUGAACUCAUAUGUCACGAGGGACAGCGCAAGCGAGGUGAGCCAACGUGCAAGGUUUUCGAGCCCCACCGUCCAGAUCAGGCAUCCAGCUUCGUCUGACCGACGAGACACGCCGCCCCUGCAGGUCCCAUGCUCAUCCGCGUCGACUCGAAAAUUUCGCCUCGCGCGACGUAUAUAACCAGCGCACUCCACUGCUGGUCUUCUCCAGGGCAUCGGCUUCUCUCUCUCCUCGCUCCAAGCUCCACACGCUCGACAUUGAGUACCACUCGCAGUGUUACUUGCCAUGUUCCACCGCAUCUUGUGCAACGCUAUGGUCGUUGCGGGCGCCCUUCUGGGGUUGCUCGCCACGACGGCCUCUGGUCUUGGCUCGACGUGCUCGACGCCUUUGACGCACGGUAGCGCAGCCCCAGGCGCUCCCUUCUGGAUGGAGAACAUCCAACACCAGGGUAUUGCUGCGUUCAACUCCAACCCCUCCAGCUACCCGGUUUUCCGCAAUGUCAUGAACUACGGCGCCAAGGGAGACGGCUCGACCGAUGAUACUGCUGCCAUCCAAUCCGCCAUUAACGCCGGUGGCCGGUGCGGGCAAGGCUGCCAAUCCACGACCACCCAGCCGGCUCUCGUCUACUUCCCACCUGGUACCUACAAGAUCUCUUCGCCUCUGAUCACGCUCUAUCAAACUCAGCUCAUUGGCGAUGCCACGACCCUUCCAACCCUUCUCGCUGCUCCCAACUUCUCUGGCAUUGGUCUCAUCGAUGUUGACCCUUACCUCGCUGGCGGUGCGCAGUACUAUACGAACCAGAACAACUUCUUCCGUUCCGUCCGCAACUUCGUGAUCGACCUUCGUCAGGUGUCCGGGUCGGCUACCGGUAUCCACUGGCAGGUCUCUCAGGCGACGUCGCUCAUCAACAUCGUCUUCGAAAUGUCGACCGCCGCGGGCAACCAGCACCAAGGUAUCUUCAUGGAGAAUGGAAGUGGUGGUUUCCUUGGCGACCUCGUGUUCAACGGCGGUAACAUUGGCGCCACCUUCGGCAACCAGCAGUUCACGGUCCGCAACGUGACCUUCAACAACGCAAACACUGCCAUCAACGCCAUCUGGAACUGGGGCUGGACGUUCCAGCGCAUCACGAUCAACAACUGCCAGGUCGGCUUCUCCCUCACUCAGGGCAGUACCUCCAACACCGGCGCUCAGGGUGUCGGCGCUGAGGCUAUCAUCGACGCCGUCGUCAGCAACACUCCCACCUUCAUUGAGUCCAGCGGCCCCAGCGGCGGACACCUCCAAGGUUCGAUUGUCCUCAACAACAUCCAGCUCACCAACGUCCCCGUCGCUGUCGGUGUUGCGGGCGGUGCUACAGUUCUCGCCGGCGGUACCACCACUAUCAACUCUUGGGCCCAGGGUAAUGUCUACCACGGCACGAGUGGCUCUCCGACCUUCACCCAGGGCAACAUUGGGGCCAUCAACAAGCCCGGCGUCUUGCUCGACGGCACCGGCCGCAUCGUCAGCAAGUCCCACCCUCAGUACUCCGGCUACGCUCCAGGCGACUUUGUCAGCGUGCGCUCGCAGGGCGCGAAGGGCGACGGCCACACCGACGACACGCAGGCGAUCAAGAACGUCCUCGCGCAGUACGCAGGCUGCAAGAUCAUCUUCUUCGACGCCGGCACGUACAUCGUCUCCAGCACCAUCACCAUCCCCGCUGGCACCCAGAUCGUCGGCGAGGUCUGGUCGCAGGUCGUCGGCACGGGCUCCGCGUUCCAGGACAACAACAACCCGCAGCCCGUCAUCCAGGUCGGCACCGCGGGCUCGACGGGCAUUGUUGAGAUCACGGACAUGAUCUUCACCACUCGUGGCCCGGCGGCUGGUGCGAUCAUCGUCGAGUGGAACGUCCACGACCCCUCUGGUCAGCAGGCCGCUGCUGGUGCCUGGGACACCCACCUCAUCAUCGGCGGUACUGCUCAAUCCGGCCUCCAGGUCGCACAGUGCCCGACUUCCGGUGCUGGCGGCAACAACUGCUUCGCCGACUUCCUCGGCCUGCACCUGACCUCCGGCUCGAGUGCCUACAUCGAGGGAAUGUGGGUCUGGCUCGCGGAUCACGAUCUCGAUACCGGAGGGAGCCAGCAGCUCUCACUCUGGAGCAACGGCGGCAUUUUGUCCGAGUCCCAGGGCCCGGUGUGGCUGAUCGGCACAGCGGCUGAGCACCACAUCAACUACCAGUACUUCCUCAACAACGCCGCGAACCACUACAUCGGGCUCGCCCAGACCGAGACGCCCUACUUCCAGCCGAACCCUGGCCCCCCGGGACCGUUCGUCACCAACACCAACUUCGAUCCAUCGCAGCUCGGCAACGGCAACGCCUGGGCGUUCACCGUCCAGAACUCGCAGAACAUCCUCGUCUUCGGCGCGGGCUUCUACUCGUUCUUCAACAGCUACGCGACGAGCUGCCAGAACUCGCAGAACUGUCAGAACCAGAUCGUCAACGUCGACUCGGGCUCGUCCGUCGCGUUCUACAGCCUGACGACGGUCGACACGACCUUCUCGCUCAGUCAGAACGCGCAGGGCGUCAUCAACCGGUCGAACAACCCGAACGGCUUCGCGGACACGAUCACCGCCUGGACGCGCAACUAGGUCCGCUCGCGACUGCGAAUACAGGAUUGCUGAUUCUCGUGGGUUGUCAACAUAUCUCUCUAAAACGGCUUGUAUUCGUGUGUGUUUGUAGUAGUACCACUACUGUAUAUUAGCUUGCGGUGUUUGUAUUAGUACAUGUACCAUUCUAUCGCGCACUUCCCCGUGCCAUGAACG